UCCAGCAGCGUGCACUCAAUAUUUUGUAACAUGUCUGUUUUAAAAUUGACGCCGGUGCUGUCUGUCUUUAUUUGUCACAGCGUCUGAAAACGCUCCAGUCUCAAGUGAACAAAUAGUGAAAUCUCUUCUCUCUGACACAGUAAGACUUCGUUUGUUUCAGAUGACUCAGGUUUAGCUCGGUGGCUAAAUAGCUUGGUAAUGUAGCGGUAGCUGGUUUGACCCCAUGGUGUGAAGAACGCUAUCAGAAUGGAGACUCUAGAGUCCAGUUCAACAUCAGGCGCCCUGGUAGUCCCAGACAGAGGCAUGGCACAGUCCUCAGCGUCCUCUGGUCAGCUGUUCGAGUCAGCCAGGCCCACCAAGCACAGGGAGCACCCGUCCAAGUCACCAAGGAGACGUAGGAAGGGCACCAAGUCGCAGCGACAGGGGGGCGGUCAUGAACAGCUGCUGGGGGAAAUCGAGCGACGGAGGUUGCCAAGCCAACAUGAGCAUUUGGAGCCCUCUGGCUCGGCCAGCGACACAGCAGAAAGCUCUCCUAAGAGGAGAGCACACUUUCUACAUGGGCCGUACCCAGCCACUCACUUCGGACCCAAAGCCUGUAUUCUUCCCAACCCAACUUCAGUCAUGCACAUCCAGGACCCAGCAAGCCAGCGGCUCACCUGGAAUAAAUCACCUGUCAAUGUGCUCGUCAUCAGGAAAAUCAGAGAUGAAAGCCUCGUUGAGCCUUUUAAGGAGCUCUGCAGGUUUCUAGUGGAGGAGAAGCAGAUGAUGGUGUACGUGGAGCGAAGGGUGGCAGACGACGCUACGCUAUCCAAGGACGAGACGUUCGGCUCCAUCCGCAAUCAGCUCUGCACCUUCAGAGAGGGCUAUGAUGAUAUCUCUGACUGCAUAGACCUGAUCAUCUGUUUGGGGGGAGAUGGGACUCUACUCUACGCCUCCUCUCUGUUCCAGGGCAGCGUCCCUCCUGUUAUGGCGUUUCACCUCGGCUCUUUAGGUUUCCUGACCCCCUUCAAGUUUGAGUCCUACAAGACCGAAGUGGCCAAAGUGUUUGAAGGCAACGCUGCCAUCACUCUGCGCAGUCGUCUGAAGGUGAAGGUGGUGAAGGACAUGCUUCAUAGAGCAGGCCAGCAACAGCAGGAACACAAUGGACUCCUUCCUCAUGGACACACCAACAAUGAGGCCGGGAAGGUCACCCUGCAGCUACAGGUGUUGAAUGAGGUGGUGGUGGACCGAGGUCCCUCCUCCUACCUGUCUAAUGUGGACUUGUACCUGGAUGGACGUCUUAUCACCUCUGUGCAGGGAGACGGUGUGAUCGUGUCCACACCUACAGGCAGCACGGCGUACGCCGCUGCAGCAGGAGCCUCCAUGAUCCACCCUAAUGUACCAGCCAUCAUGGUUACCCCCAUCUGCCCACACUCGCUCUCCUUCAGGCCCAUCGUUGUCCCUGCUGGGGUGGAGCUCAUGAUCACGUUGUCCCCUGACGCCAGAAACACCGCCUGGGUGUCGUUUGACGGCAGAAAGAGACAGGAGAUUCAACACGGAGACUGUAUAAAGAUCACCACGUCUUGUUACCCGGUGCCCUCCAUCUGUUGCCAUGACCUGGUGUACGACUGGUUCGAGAGCCUGGCUCAGUGUUUGCACUGGAACGUACGCAAGAGGCAGGCGAGACUGGCCGACGUCUCCGACUCAUCGGACACAGAAAACUGAACCAGCGGGGACUUCUUUUUUUUUUUUUUACACCUGUGAAAGACGUUACUUUAAAGACAUCCACAGCACCAAGUCAUCGUUCAGUUAAUUUAACGACACAACUAGUUACAUCAGCGUUAAGUUUGUAAUUUAGAUAGCAUGUAUGGAGAGUACAGUAUGCUGUGCUCGCAGUUAUGUUUCAAUCAGAGUACGCAUGCCAUUACAUUCCAUUACACACACACGUCGCUUACAGGGAGAGAGCAUGUUUCUCACCUAGAAAAAAAAACUGCAGUUACUUAAAUUAUUUUAACAAAAAUAUUUUCAAUGAAUGAAGUUUUUUUUGGGGGGGGGCUUGAAGCACUUAAUCAUCUUUGUGAUGAUCAGUGUGAAAGCUUUAAGCUCUUCUCUCAGAUUAGAUGUAGAAACAUGAAAUGUCUGUAAAUCUACUGUGUACAUAUCAGAUGCUAGGAUCGAUUUAUUUAACGUCAUAUUUAUGUGAUAUUUAUAUAUUUACAAUAUGUCAGCUUAAAAAAAAACGUUAACUGUUUUUCAUUACUGGGUUAGCCAAAGACUCUUGUGACUGUUCUGUUCAAACAUCCAGAGUGAAGAGACUUUCUGUGGAUCAUACCAGUAGCUGUGAAGGAUUUGAUUUUAUUUAAUUUGAAGUAGUUUUCAUAAAAGUCUGAUUUAUUGCUUCCAGUCAGAUUGCAUGAUGUGAAACGAAAAGAAAGACUUCCACAGGCCAUGUCAUUUUUCAUGAUCAUAAAUAAACUCAAGUAAACGAUCAAAUUUUGGACAGAACUAUGAUCGGAUUAUUUCAUAUUCUCUCAGCAUCACCUUUUAUGAAACACAUUGACAUCAAGUGUUCAGUUGUCAGGAGUGGAUAAGUGGUCUUAUUUUAUUUAUUGUAGGCAUACGUCGAGUUCUAGCGUGAUUAAAAAAAAGGAAACACUUUGAUGCUUUCUAUAUUUUUAUUGCAAUGAUAAGAUACAGAUAUAUAUCCAGACAUCCAGUUUCAUUAAAUUAUACUCCAAUAUUGCAUGUGACAGUCUUCAGAAUGACAUUUCUUUUUUUUUCUUGACCAGAGAUAAAACACAGAUGUUUGAACUAUUUCACUUUUGAUUUUCCCCAGAAAUGUGCGAUGAGAAGCAGCAGCGUAAAGAGUCAGAAUAAUACUACAAUAUACAACAGACCGAUACUGUGCAACAGUCAAGAACAACUGGGAGAAGUAUUUCUUUUUUUUUUUUCUCUCUCUCUUUUGUGUAAUGCCAAACUCUGGGAGUACAGUGGCUGGCAGGAUGUAGGGAUAGAUGCACUUUGCCCAAUUUGGGGAGGAAAAAACGAAACACGACAAGAGAUGUUAGAAAGAAAAACGAGGGGUUGUGAGUCUCAGAGAGCCGGAGAGCUACGAGCCUCAGCAGGGUUACGUUAGAACAAACUAGUAGAUUUAGUGCGGCGAGUUCACUUGGUAAGCAUCUGUAUAGGGCUGUGUGAAAUAUACUCAGGUAUUGUCGGAUUCUUUAGGAAACCAUUUGGGUUGCUGUUAAUGACGCUUUGUUUGUAGUGAGAGAAAUACAGACAACCCCACUACACCACACAUUCAAUGUUAAGGUGGCAAAUGUACAAACAAAAUAAAGAAAAACUGUUAAUAAAUCCACCGCUUUCUAA